UAAUAGCCAUUUUAGUAAUUUAAUCAUUUUUCCUCUCCGGUCGAAAACUGAUCAAUCGUCAUUUAAUUAGUUAUCCCCGCCAGAUGUCUACAGGUGUCACUUCUGACCCAGUAAACAGCACGGAGUAGGGAUGAGAACGAAGCCGGUCUCCUUUCUUUCUCACUCCCUACACAGUUGUCGGCCAUCAUUAUUGUUUAUGCAUCAAGUGUAGUAGUAACGUUGACAAUUAUUAUUUUGCUAUCUCAGUGUAACUCUCAUAUUAACUUUUAAUCAUUCCUAUUUUAUCAAUAAUAAUUAAAUUAUCAAUUUUGAGUGUAUUUUGCACGAUUAGUUAAUCAAGUGAUUUUAUAACCUCAAAAGUACUCAACACGUGACACGAGCUUCCAAUAACAACGGAUUUUGUGUUUGAGCAAUGCCAAGAAAACGCAAAGGGGCUGAUUUGAGCCGCAGUACAAGUAAAGCUCGAAACUUGCGAAAUAGCAGAUCCGAAAGAACAGAAGAACAAAUCCAGCAACAAAAUACUGAUGCACGUGUCAGAAUGGCGCAAUUGCAUCAAGAAGAGCCAGAAGAUACACGAGCUGAACGCAAUGAAGGCAGAAGAUUAGAACAACGACAAUCACGCCGUUUCACAGUCAAUAGACGAAGAACAAAUGACCAACAACGACAGCAGGUACAUCGAGCAUUUAUAUCUGAUUCAUUCCUGCGUCUAGCAUUCCAGUAUGAGCCCGAUAUUGAAUAUUAUGCUCAUUCAAAAGUGGUAAUUGGUGCUAUGGACAAGGAAUGUCCGCAUUGUCAUGCUCUGAAAUUCAAAAAUGAGCCAGCUGGGAUGUGUUGCGCGUCAGGAAAAGUGCAACUACCUGAAAUUGAAACACCACCUGAACCAUUGAACGGCUUACUUAUCGGCACGGAUCCAGAUUCUAACGUGUUCCUGAAGUCAAUUCGAAGAUUCAAUUCAUGCUUUCAAAUGACAUCGUUCGGAGCAACAGAAAUAGUUCGAAAUACUAAUGCAAAUGGUCAACAAUUCAAUUCUACAUUCAAAAUCAGAAGCCAAGUUUAUCAUAAAAUGGGCUCACUGCUGCCAAUGCCAAACGAACCACAUAAAUUCUUACAAAUCUACUUUAUGGGCGGCGAGGAUUCCGGAAGCGCACUUGCCAAUCGCGUGAAUGCACGUUGUGAUUAUAAUAACCUUGAUUCACUUUAUGCCAGGCGCAUCGUCAGCGAGCUAGAUGCUCUUUUGAACGAGCACAACGAGUUGUUGAAAAUAUUCAAAUCACAUAUGCACCAAUUACAAAGCGAUAAUCACGCUAUCGUCAUUAAUCCUGAUAAAACACCAGCUGGAGAGCAUAUUCGUAGAUUCAAUGCACCCGUUGUUGAUGAUGUUGCUGGAAUCAUGGUUGGCGAUUGUACAGCUGCACGAGAAAUUCUGAUUCGUAGAAGAAAUAAUAAUCUUCAGUUCAUUGCUGACACACAUCGUUCAUAUGACGCUCUCCAAUAUCCGCUAAUAUUCUGGAAAGGACAAGACGGAUAUUGCAUAAACAUAAAACAACGAGAUCCCGUAUCAGGAGCUGAAACAAACAAGAACGUUAGCUCAAAGGAUUAUUAUGCGUACCGAUUAAUGAUUAGACGUGGCCUGGACAACGUCAUUUUACGAUGUCGUGAGCUUUGUCAACAAUUCAUGGUCGACAUGUACGCGAAGAUUGAGAGCGAACGACUACGAUACUUACGAUAUAAUCAACAAAAGCUGCGCGCGGAAGAGUACAUUCAUUUGCGAGACGCUACCAACAACAACGCCGACGUCGCCGAAAUUGGUAACCAUGUCAUUUUACCAUCAUCGUACGUAGGCAGUCCACGUCAUAUGCAAGAAUAUAUACAGGAUGCUCUGACUUUCGUGCGCGAAUAUGGACGACCAUGUUUAUUUAUCACGUUCACAUGUAAUCCAAAAUGGCCAGAGAUUACAUAA